AUGGCUUGUGUAUGCACUGACCACACAAAUCUCGCUCCGGGCCUCUCUGUCCUCGGCCCACUCCGUCCACGCCCCUUACUCCCUGUCAUCGCCCCACUCUGUACUCACCCCACUCUGUCAUCACACCCCUCUCUGUCAUCUCACCCCACUCUGUCAUCACACCCCUCUCUGUCAUCACACCCCUCUCUGUCAUCACACCCCUCUCUGUCAUCUCACCCCACUCUGUCAUCACACCCCUCUCUGUCAUCACACCCCUCUGUCAUCACACCCCUCUUUGUACUCACCCCACUCUGUACUCACCCCACUCUGUCAUCACACCCCUCUCUGUCAUCACAACCCUCUCUGUCAUCACACCCCUCUCUGUACUCACCCCACUCUCUGUCAUCACACCCCUCUCUGUCAGCACACCCCUCUCUGUCAUCACACCCCUCUCUGUCAUUACACCCCUCUCUGUACUCACCCCACUCUCUGUCAUCUCACCCCUCUCUGUGCUCGCCCCACAAUGUACUCACAACCCACUCUGUCAUCACACCCCAUCCUGUCAUUACACCCCACCCUUUGGUCACCCCACUCUGUCCUCACAUCCAUCUCUGUCUUUACAUCCCACUCUGUCCUCUGUCCCAUCUCCUGCUGUCCCCCUCUCCCUCUGUCCCAUCUCUCCCGGUCCCCAUGUCCCUCUGUCUCAUCUCUCCCUUUCCCCAUCACACGCUGACCCAUCUCUCCCUUUUCCCAUCUCCCACUGUCCCCAUCUCCCGCUGUCCCCAUCUCCCGCUGUCCCCAUCUCCCGCUGUCCCCAUCUCCCGCUGUCCCCAUCUCCCGCUGUCCCCAUCUCCCUCUGCAUUGCACACAUUUCUCAUACUCACUGUCCACCUCCUCACCCCACUAUGUCCUCACCCCACUCUAUCCUCACCCCACUCUGUCCUCACCCCACUCUGUCCUCACCCCACUCUGUCCUCACCCCACUCUGUCCUCAGCCCACUCUGUCCUCACCCCACCCGUUUGGCGGCCGUCAUGUACUCGCGAGGCCGUUCAGAGACUGCAGGAGGCAGCGACAGCAUUGCCGCCUGUGUUGCAUUCCCCUGCAAGAUGGCCGUCUCGUAG